AUGUCUUCAAUGAACAUUCUUGCCUUGGGCAGUAUUGCUCUAUUCUCCUUUAUUCACUCAUCUCUUUCUUUACCCUCCGCACCUCCUCAAUUCGAAGUAUUGGUUCGCAACGAAAGCUACGCCUACAACCCAUCCGAAGAACUCCGCAAUGAGGUCCUCGCACGACGCGCCGAGCUUCCCUUCGCAAAGCGUGACUAUGCAACUGUGCAAAUUUGCACUGACGCGUCCUGCACCAACUGCCACACCGUGUGGGAUGCGGAAUUUACAACCGCCAGUGCUUGUAUCUCAGCCGCAAACACUGAAUGCAUGAUUAUUUCCAAUCUCAAUCAAGCAAACAUCGAGUAUUGGAGCAGUCCCGGCUGCCAUGGUCGCAACUCCCAUUACGGUGGAUGUCCUGGUGGAACCAACGCUGUCGGAUCGCCGGACACUCAAUCUAUCGGUGUUCACCCUGGUUGUUAG